CUCCGCGGGCACUGGGGAGGAGCACGGCGCCCGCAGUGUGGAGAAGGAUUGAAAGCGUGGUAGAAGUGACAGAAAAACGGAGAACGUAUAGAUAUUGUGACAAAAUUGCACCAAAGAGACAAUGGUCCCAUGACGCAGCAGCCUUGCCCGCAGCGCCAGAGGGGGAUGCUGCCAUCUCAGAGGAGGGGAACAGCGAGGAAUUUUCUCCCCAGCGCUACCAAGACUCUAGGACGAAAGCUAAAAAGGCAAUCCAGAAGCAUUGGAUUUUGUUUUUGUUUUGGCGCGUGUGACAUUUACCGUGAUAAGGUCACAGGGCUGAGAGUUUGACAGGUGAGAGUGGCGGUCCAGCGAGGGUGGGAAGAGCUGAUGAGCUGCAGGAAUAACCGAGUGAUUAGGAGACGAUAAGCACUUUGAGAGCUUAGCGGAUAGAGAGGGAAAUGACGCUCUCGGUGAUGCUCGCGCGAUUCAUCAGAAAACAAAGACUCACCAUCACACACUACAUGUACUUCGCUCUGAUCGUGUGGGUUCUUGUGUUGGUUCAACGUCACUUUCGACACCCCGCUGUCACGACCAUUCACUUCGUCGGGACAGGCGGAGACACCGAGGGGAAAAUCACUCACCUGGUGCUGCCGAGUCCUAAGAAGUUCGUUGCUGCCGAGGCGUAUCGCGCACUGAAGACGGUGAGAGAUAAUAUGCUGAAGGAAUUUAUCGGGGUUGACCUCCCGCCUUGGUUGGACGACCCCGCGAAUGAGACGCAGCCGAAGUUGGGCGAGAUCCUGGAGCCCCGUCAGACGCGGAGGGUGAUCGUGCUGACCACGUGGCGCUCGGGAUCCACCUUCCUUGGCGACCUCCUCAACGCGUGGCCGGGGGCAUACUACCACUUCGAGCCCCUCCACUUCCUCGCGGAACGAGAAAUAAUACCUCGGCACCAGGAACCUCUAGCUGUAGGAUUACUCAAAACACUUCUCACCUGUCACUUCGAUCAGCGCAUUACUCCAUACUUGUACUACAUCACUUCAGCUAGGUACAACUUUCUGCUGAAGAAGAAUGUGCGUCUGAACUCGCUUUGUCGCGGACGAGGCCUCUGUCAGGACCCGGGCGUCAUGGCCACCGCCUGCGCCUUCCACCCUCUUAAUUUCGCCAAAACUGUUCGCCUGAGACUGGCCGCUGUGAAGUCGUUGCUUGAGGACACCUCGCUGGACGUCCGCGUGGUGCACUUGGUAAGGGACCCGAGGGGCGUGGUCAACUCGCGCCUGAAGAUGCCCUGGUGCUCCGGAAAGACUUGUCGAGACAUGUCGAACGUCUGCCGAGCGGUCAACCAGGAUGCUUACACGUCACAGGAAUUCAGAAGCAAGUACCCGAGGCAGUAUCUCCUUCAGCGUUACGAGGACCUGGUGGACGACCCUUACCGGCAGACACGCAAGAUCUUCGAAUUCCUGGAACUGCCCCUGGUCGAGGAACUGGCCGCGUUCAUCGAGGAACACAUGAACACGGAGGCCAAGAGGAACGAGAGGGGGGAUGAUUACACAUACGCGGCGCAGUUUUCCACGUACCGCAACUCCAGCAGCGUGGCGACCCGUUGGCGCUUCUCCCUCGGGAUGCAGAAGGUGCAGGAGAUCCAGAGUCUGUGCCGCCCCGCCCUUCGCUACUACGGCUACAGGAGCUUCAGUGAGCAGUAUCAGCUUCACAACUUCAAUAUGUCGGUCAUCGAAGCUCAACCAGGGAGGAGCUUCUUGGGGUGACGGCAGGAAGGACCCCGGCUGCGGAAGGGAACACUCCCGAGCAUAUGCAUGCACUGCCAGGCAUUUCAUUAUGCUGGAAAUGCGCAGCCCAUGACACGUCCUCUCCACGCUCCUCGCCCAGAACAGAAGAGGGUCACGAGGAUCAAACCAUCGGAUGUUCCCGAGUCAACAAGCCAGAGGUUGGAUACAAGUUUUCGGCGGAAAGUUCGUUGGCAAUUCCCCGCUUGAUGUGCGUGCAACUUAACAUUCCUAAAAGCAGUCCUUAGGGAUACUAACCGCAAGCUGCGUGUCAAAACUUGGCUAAAUGAUACAAUGAAUUUUAAGUCUCCAUUGCGAAGGAACAUCUAACAGCUGACUUCUGUAAAGUGUGACACAUUCUCGGGGUAACUUCCAUUUUUUCUCAAGAAAGUUCAUUAUUCGUCUUUGGAAGAACCGGAGUAUAUAACAAGGUCAAUAAAUUUCCUUCUAGUUUACA